AUGGUGUCAGAGAAACGGUUUAAAACUUACUGUCAUUUAACUAGCAUCAUCAUUUUAACAGUUUCAGUUACUUCUCUAUGCAUAGUUAUCAGUUUGAUAUUCAUUUUAUUGCAACGUGGAAUUUGUUACCGAAAUGUUGGAGGCGAACUCCGAGUAACCUACACCAAGCAAUCUAUAAAAUAUGAGAUCAAGUCAUCUGAAACUGAGUAUACUCGCUUUCAUUAUCGUAAUAGUGAACCGAUAACUUUUACAUCUAUAUAUCCAUCUGUUCAUGAACAUGCUAUUCCUUUUGUUUUAAAUAAUCAACAAGAAGAAGGUGGAGUUCAACGUCAAAAUUAUCUGAAGUAUCAAUAUCAUACUGCUUGGAAGGCACAAAAGUUUUCAACAUGA